UAACCAUUAAUGGGAUCAGCAUGAUUUACAUAUCAAACAAUAAACCAAUUUGUAGUUUAUAUAUGUAAAUUUAUAUACAUGUAUAUCAAUUUAGCUAUGGAUAUGUGUAAACCUAAUCGGUGUGUUACCGGGCGUUCCUGUAUAUAUAGCUGUGUACGUCACGGAAAUCUGCUAAAAGAAAGCUGUGAUCAGGCCAUGGACAACUCUAAUCCUUUACAUUGUGAUAACGGAACUAUAUGUACACACCAGUGCAUAUGUACCGGAAACUACUUCGGAACUUACUGCGAAAAUUUAAAUGGCGGGUUUUCCAACUGGAGUUCAUAUGGAAGCUGCUCACGGGAAUGUGGUAAUGGGACCAAGACCAGAACCAGGACGUGUAACAACCCGACUCCGGUCGGAAAUGGAUCAGCCUGUACUGGAAAUACCUCGGAAAUAGUACCAUGUAACAGUCACCCUUGUCCAACUGCAUGCUCCAGCUCAUCUGAGUCUUUAAACUGCACUUGCAAAAACACCAUGGUCAACAUGACGUCAGACGAAUUGGUGGACAUCAUUGAUAAGCUCAAAUUGGAAUUAAAAAUAGACAAAACAAAAACCAGUAUGGCUAUACGCCGAAAGACUAGUGCCAAUGACUCGAGGACGUCGGCAAAGAUGUUGGGGGUAUUAGGAGCCGUCAUGUUGGCUGUUCCUUUCGUCUUGAUCGCCCUAUCAGAUCUGAGUAACGUUUACAGAUAUAACAUUGCGGACACAUCUAAAAUACGCACAGUUACUCCAGUGUAGAUAUUGAACGGGUAACUUAACAAACGCAAGAAGAAAGAAGAAAACAACCAAACAAAACUUAUACUUGCUCAUCUUUAUUUAGCAUUUUGUUAGUUGAUUUUUUUAUCAUAUCCUCGGUUACACCAACUGUGUGCUGAUGUUGUUGCCUGGCGUUGGCGUUCCUCCCAAAAACAUCGUCUCGUUUUGGGGUAGGCUUUUAUAAUGCUUCCAAAAGUGAACACCCCAUUCUCUUCCAAUAUAGUAAAUCCUUCAACUUUAAAUCUGGAAGUGGGGUUACGUAAUAUUUAUAUCGAAACAUCUAAAUUUGUUCUUAAUCAUUAACAUGCCUAAAUAUAUUUUGCACAUAAUCACCUUUAAACAUUUUUUUAAUUGUCCAUACGUAUAUAUGCCAUCCCUCUCUCAUUUAGCAUGUAUCCAAUCAUCAUAUGUCUUUAGAUAUGGUUAACUGAAAAUCAUGUUUGAAAUAUUUGGAUUAUCUUUCUGAGU